AUGCCACCUCGCCGACGUCCUUUGAAAACACCCCAGACUUUAUCCACUGCUGCUAUAGCUCCACCUGUCGACACAUCCCAGACGUCUCCUACUGCUGUAACUCCCACUCCCGCUGUAACUCCCGCUCCCACUUUCCCCCUGUUGCAGCCUCCCUCACUGCAAGUAGUAGGCGCUGAAGGUGCUACUGGUUGGCGAAUGCAAAGCGCAGGUGCACGCGAGGCGCGAGAAUGCGCGAAGCGCGGGAAUGCGCAUUUCAACUAUGCUCUGCUGGGUAGUAAAUGGGUAUUGUUGUGGUUCAGUCCUCUGUCGUUCUGGUGGGAGACGCUGUCAUGCGGAGCCGAAGCACUACCGAGUAAGGGAACUUGGUGGACAGUGGAUGGAUGCUUCCGGAUGGCUGGUGCUAUAGGGCGCUCAAGUGCGGGAAAGCUCGCGCGCAUAUACAUCGUGAAGCGCGGGAAGUUGUGCGCACACUGCGUGAUGCGCGGGAAAGCUGCGCCUCAUGUAGGAAUAGCUGUAGGAAGCAUACAGAGUGAUGCUACAAGUUCGUGCUGUAUACUCCUUGGUGAAAACUGCAAUAUUGCACAAGGAGAGGCAUGA